UGAAUCUUCGUCUUGUUGCUCCGAACAACACCACUAAUCGGGGCACCCAAUUCAACCGCGCUUUCAAAAACUUCUGCCACCGAUUGCAACUUUCUACCAUCGACGCUUUUCUUCUCUCUCGGGGCCAGCUUGACUUUUCCUUCAAGCAAGCUUCUCAAUUACCGAGAGAGAGACUUGAUCAAUAACUCUGCCUGUUCACUCCGGAACUUCUCAGCCAUCUCACCGACCCGACAACAAUAUGGCUUCUUCCGUCCAGAACGCCAACCUCCCGGCCAUGGAGAACCAGGCCCCGGCUCCGCUGGCCUUCGUCUUCCAUGGAAAUGAAAUGAUCAUCCAGUGCACCGCAAACAUCGAUGAUCAGGCUGCUGCUGUGCGCUACCUCGAGCCCGUCAUGCGCAACUACCAGAACUUCAAUGAUGGCAAAGCGACUGCGAUCGUCCGCUGCGCAGAGUCGACCAAGUACUGGAUUACCAGCAUCGCGUACGCAGAGACCCUGGACAAUGAUUCCUACACCAUCAUCAAGACUUCCGUCGACUCCCCCGAGAACCCGCCUGUGGAUGCUGAGCCUGUCAAGCUCCCGAAGGUUUCCAAGGUCCACAUUCGUCGCCCGCGCAAUCAGUUCAUCAUCUAUCGCCAGUGGAUGUCGGCCAGAAUUCACGCGGAGACCCCUGGCGUGACUGCCGGUUGUGUGUCGCAACUUGUGGCACAGAUGUGGCGCCACGAGGAUCCAGCGGUUAAAGCUCGCUUUAAGGCUCUGGCCGAUGAAGAGGACCGGAUGCACAAGCUCAUGUACCCUGGAUACCGCUAUGUGGCUGGUCGUCGCAGGCCCCAGCUUGCGCUGUCGAAGCGCAACUUGCCGCACGACCCCAUGACCGUCGCGGAGAGACUGAUUGCCGCUGGAUUCUGAUCCUCGCAAUGCUCCGCAUCCGAGUCAGCAGCAUUCGACUUCACGACUGUGCUCAUGAAAGUCCCGACUUUUCGGUCCCCCACGGUCAAUCAGAAAACCCACAAAAAACGGUAAACGCUCAAAAUCGGAAAAAAAAUUGAAAACGAAGAAACAACAGAUUGCAAUCCCGACCGUCGCCAGCCUCCCGCUCGGCGCAGCAAUGCGUUCCCGCUGGGAAACAGGCAAGCAAUGACGAGUUCUGGGCCCGA